UUUACUUUGACUAUAUCAUGUCAUUUGACCAUCUUCAUCCUUUCCCCAUCAUUUCCAUAAUCAUAAACCCUAAUACUUCUCCUUCCUCCUCAGUACUCACUCUACUAGAUCACAGAUCUUCAUCACAGUUUGUAUAUCUUUGAAGAAUUAGAGCUUUACAGAAUAAUUCAUCAAAUUUUCGAUGAAUAUGGAUACAGCUCGGAGUUCUAGUAUUUUCCGUUUGCAAUAGAAGAGUCCCAUUCCAAAGGAUUCAAACAUGAAUCAGAGUCAUACGCCGUCGUUUCAUUACAGGAAAUUAGAAUCCGACUCUCCUAGACAACCGUGGAGCGGCGAUUUUGAUUUCGACGGCAGCGAUCGGAGAUUCGCAUUUUCACGGCAGAGUUCGUUUCAGCAAUCGGCUGAGCCUCACACGCCGAUUUCCUUAUUAACGAACGAUUCCGCAAAGCCUUUGCUUACUCGAACUGUUUCGAGCAUUGAUAUACCGCCGAAUAUUUAUCCACAACAUGCAUUUGGCAAGUUGCAGGAUUCGGAUGUGAAAUUUAGGAUUUCUACGUAUGCGUCAUCGGUUUUUCGAGGCGUGAUGUCUGGGAAUAAGCAGAUGAGGAGGUUAUUUAUGUUGAUUUCGCUAAAUGUAGCUUAUUCUACUGCGGAGUUGUGUAUUGGCCUUCUCUCUGGCCAAGUAGGGUUGGUAUCAGAUGCAUUUCAUUUGACCUUUGGUUGUGGCCUUUUGACAUUUUCAUUGUUUGCAAUGGCCGCUUCUAGAGAAAAGCCCGACCGCGUUUACACUUAUGGGUACAAAAGGCUCGAGGUCUUGUCUGCUUUCACUAAUGCUCUGUUCCUAUUGUUCUUGUCAUUCUCCUUGGCUGUGGAAGCACUUCAUGCAUUUAUACAAGAUGAAUCUGAGCACAAGCAUUACUUGAUCGUCUCUGCUGUCACAAACUUGCUGGUGAAUCUCAUUGGUGUUUGGUUCUUCAGGAACUAUGCACGUAUUAAUCUUGUCUAUAGAAAAGCUGAAGAUAUGAAUUAUCACUCUGUUUGCUUGCAUGUACUGGCUGAUUCAAUUCGCAGUGCAGGUCUGAUCCUGGCUUCCUGGCUGUUGACACUUGGGGUGAAGAAUGCUGAAGUCUUAUGUUUGGGACUAGUUUCCGCCACAGUUUUUUUCCUCGUCAUGCCACUCUUCAGAGCUACUGGUGGCAUCUUGCUCCAAAUGGCACCCCCAAGGAUCCCAUCUUCAGCCUUGAGCAAAUGCUGGAGACAGGUUUCAUCUUGUGAAGAUGUUUCAGAAGUUUCUCAAGCUCGUUUUUGGGAACUGGUGCCUGGUCAUGUAAUUGGAUCAAUUUUAUUGCAGGUAAAGGAGGGAGUUGAUGAUCGGCCUAUUUUGCAAUAUGUGCAUGACUUAUACCAUGAAUUAGGGAUACAGGACUUGACCGUACAAAUUGAUUAUACAUGAUCAUCAUCUUGUUUUCUUAAAAAGUACUUUGAAAGAUGCAGUUUACUGAUGGUAUCUUUUUGGUCAAGUAAUUGGUCCAUUCAUUGUCAGCGUGAGAGAACUUUCACCUCUAAGCUGCAACUGUAGUAAAAUGAAGACCUUGUGCUAAUGUACUUCAAUUUACGAUAGAAUGUGACAAAUACAUCUUCAGUCAGGUGCUCGCUUUUUAUCAA